AUGUCUUAUUUGAUUUUUGCUUUUAAGACUAAUGAUUUAGAAGAAGUUAAUAUAAAACGUGUACUUAAAGGUUCUGGAACUGGCAAGAUUACUAAAAUACUCAAUAAUGAUAACCUUUUGAUAUGUAAAUCUGAUGGUAAAGAAUGUUUAAUUGAUGAAUGUUAUAUCGUUCAAGUUCUUAGUUCUUAA